GAACACGAACCGCUGGGAAGUUCGACCCAAGGUCGGGCCCUGCAUCUUGCACCCUUCGACAACUGACAGUGGCAGCAGGUAAAUGGGACGGACCAAGGCCCCCUCAGUUGGGUAAGGUAGGUAUGCGGUGAAUACAGCAAAUAAAGUACUGUGGUUCAGGAGGUAAUGUCAUUAUGCGAUGGUGUGUUCUUCUCUCUUCUUGGACUUUGACAUCUCAUCAACCUCAGGUCACUCGAGGUUAUCGUAUGCCACGAAACCCUCUACUUCGUACCCUCCUACAAAACUCGACGACGGUCCCUUUCUGCAUCAUUAGUGUCGGAUAACGCUUGUCUAUUAAGCGCGAAAGAAAAUAACCUACUUCUCCUUUCCCUGCCCUGCGAACCCAGUUCCUGUUCCACCCUUCCGUGCCCGUCCAACCAACCUGCGUCUCCCACCUGGUCGAACUCUGACGCUACAUCGCGCGUGCAGGGAUAAUCAGGAAUUGGCCCCUGGAUCAACCAGGCCGAUCUCACCUCUGGGCAUAUCCCGCCGCCCCUUGCUUUUGCUCAUUCGCUCUCACGUCGACGCUCCCGUACGUCACUCGGUGCAGGUCCGUCGCAGGCUAUUGGUGGGCGUCUGAUUGCUCAACAUCGUUGGGUGCUGGCGGUUAUUAUAUCUACCUCCAGAUCGUCGUUCGUCUAGAAUCGCGGAAGCUUGGAUCCCUCUGAAUCAUGAAUUGUUACAGCAUCCCAGCGUAAAGAUACAUUGGAUCCUUUCAGGUCGACGAAUUACACGACUUGUUAUCACUCUCAGUUUUGCUAUUUCUCUUAGACUAUAACGAAGACCUGUCAGAGAAGGCCGGCCUACAAAACCAUGAGACCUUCGUUAUCUUCGAGGAGAGGCGAUAAGCGACCUUCGAGGACCAGCCAGAGCCUCUUCUUCGCGCUGGCCAUAUCCUCGCAGCUACCAGCAGCCAACGCAAUCGUUUUCCCAAGCUAUCACCCCAACUACAAGACCGACUACCUUCAACUGAACAAGCGGUACAACCCCGCCAGACGAGGCCCACCCGAGGACUGGAAUGGGAGAAUCCCCUUGAAGGUCACCAACUCAUGUCCUGACACGAUCUGGCCCGGCAUCACAACGCAGCAUGGCGUCGGUCCUGGAAUCGGCGGUUUCGAGCUUGCCUCGGGCGACAGUCGAGACAUGUGGGUUGGGCCAACUUGGCAAGGCCGCGCUUGGGGAAGAACCAACUGUACCAUCAAUGGGGAGUCGGCAGGCUGCGAGACGGGUGAUUGCUUUGGAAAGCUUGACUGUGAAUUCAGUGGUGCUGUUCCCGCAACUCUCGCCGAGUUCAACUUGGCCGGCGGUGUCUCUGGACGCCAAACAUUUUACGACAUCUCCCUGGUCGAUGGCUACAACAUCCCUGUGGGCAUCAACUACAUCCCCGCCGAGAACACCACUUAUAUCCCGCCAAACCUGACCAACUGCGCCUGCAUCGCAACGACGGGCUUCCUCUCACAACGCGCGGCAAGCGGUACCGUCUACACCAACAGCACAUACCCUGUUCCUUGGGAACCGACUGAGUCCAACGAGAGCUCCAAAGACUGGUGUCCGUGGCCACUGCUUUCCAACCCGCCAGACAAGCCAGGCGAUGGUGUCUACCCCUAUCCCGACGACAACAUUCAGCGACCGACCUUCAGCCCGUGCAAGAGCCAAUGCGCGGCCACGAAUUCGGAUCACGACUGCUGUAUAGGCAAAUGGCAUGACCCCAAUAAGUGCAAGCCAGGCUUGUACUCCAGACACGCCAAGGCCCUGUGCCCCGACGCAUACAGCUUCGCCUUUGACGACCAAACGUCGACCUUCAUCAUCCCAUCAGGCGGCGGCUGGGAGGUUGUCUUCUGCCCCGCUGGAAGGAGCACUAACAUUCUCCGCACCAUGGGACCGCAACUGUUCGAGCUCGCAAGCGCCGGCUUCUUGAGCCAGAAGAACCUGGACCUGGUUAAGAAUCAAUCCUACAUAGAGUCUGAGAGCGAAAAGAACGCUGCUCCAGGCCUGGCUUCGUCGUCUCUGUGGGCCAUCUGUGCGGCGGCUACAACCGCUGUCAUGCUGUUGGGUUGGUAGAUGCCUUUGGGUUGCUUGCUUUUUUUUGCUUUCUCUGGAAUAAGCACGACGGGGCUGGACCCGCGCAAUCUGCCGUGCUUCUUUGCAAGUUUGGGAUUUUUGGCAUUGGGAUACCCUGGAAUGAUUGUACGAGGCAUGGACGAUAGACGCAUGGCGCAAGACGAUGAUACAGAGGCUCAACAGUGUGAGCUAUAAGACACUAUAGCCGCAACCUUCCUUUCGAGUACCUAGAAGACUUAUACCCAUG